AUGAACGACCGCGUUGUCGGCCUCUUCGACGGCCAUUUCGUAUAUGAGGAUGGCCACGGAGGCUACGAGAUGGACGUCAAGGGCGAGCGGCGGGCCAUCUUGCCCGCCUUCCACCCGCAGAUCAAGCUGUGCUUUAGUGACCCCAAGAACAGCAGCAGCAGCAAGGCCAACCAGGAAUGGUACGCUCCACCAGAUGCAGAGAGAAGGGGGGAGCCGGUCAACUCUUAAGUGUAUGUAUGUAUUGUGCUGUCAGUAGUGACACACCGAAGAUACCUCGCGGAGCCAGGUGACCGCAGCACACACCUGUGGCACAUACAUCUGCAUCUCCUUUUCCUCUCUCUGUGUGUGCCUUUGCAUUUUGUCAGCGGUGAGUCGGUGCCCUACCGCUCGCGUGUGACGUCAUCCUCACCUUCACCUGUGGCUCCACCACCACCACCAGCAAUGGCGGCUCCACCACCACCACCACCAGCAAUGGCGGCGAUGAGACCGAAAGUGUCUAUCGAGCUGACGGACCCCGGCGUGCAACACCAGGUCGUGCAGCAGGGCGCCGGCCGCCAGCCGGCCGCCGACGAUCGAGUGACCUUCGACGUCACCAUGUGGGAGGACAAAAUCCACGGCAGCCAAAAGACGGUGGAGUGCCAUGGCGUGACGUGUGCCGUGACCGACGAGCUGCUCUGUGACUGGCAGAGGGAGACGGUGCUGCUCAUGUCUGCGGGGGAGGUGCGGCACCUCACUGUGCCGUCAGAGGUGCAGGAAUGGGUGCUGCAGGACAAGCGGAUGGGAUAUGGAGAAAUGAGGCUGGUGGCCAUCCAUGCUGACAAUUAGUGGGCUGUCGAUCUGUGUAGA